AUGUCGCGCCACGCUAACUGCUACCCGAGGCACGACACGACGGGUCCCGACGAGACCACGACGUCGUAUACCGAGGGACCUCACGGCCAGAUCGGAGUAUGGGUCCAGGUCUUUUACCCGCUCCCAUUUACACUCUUCCACGGGUCCUCAUCUAACUGCUGGACGCAGUUACUCGCCAAGAUGUCGCAGAAUCCGAACGGCGCCUACGGCUACUACGUCUCCGACAUCCAGGCGGCCGUCAAGCACUUCUAUAAGUAUGCUGAGUCCAGAGACGUAGACGUAUACCCAGCUACUUCUCCAAAAGGCUACUACCAGCCAGUACCAGACGAGCACGAGGGCCUGGGUCCGCACUGGCAGAACCCUAUAUCAUUACACCGCAACUACUGGAUUACGCGGUCCAGCUACCUGAACAUCAAGACUGAAACAUGCACGGACACUACGAUUUUCCAGGUAUACAUCCCUAGUGUUGGUAAGACGUGCAUGCCACAAAUACCGACUUACCCUACGCCCAACGUCGGCGACUUGAAGGAGGCUACGUCCUUACUCGUGCAUGGACCGGUACUCCAGCACUCCCCCACUGAGAUGUUCACCAAGAUGGAUCUCUACGACUCGUUCCACCAGAACACCAUCUUCAAGAACGGCGAGAACCUCGUCUACAACCCUAUCAAGAACGGGGGCACCCGCUACCUCGGCCACUUCAUCAACCAGUACAGCGACUUCCAAGAGACCCCAACAGUACCUGCUACAGGUGACGUGAAUGACCCGCCACGGGUGAAGAUUUACGAAGGUUCGCCGUUCUUGUCUACGCAGGGUACGAAGCAUCAGCGUACCGAUUGA